UGAGUGGCUCCGUCGUUUCUGUGGCUGCCGCUACCCCCGCUGCUGCUUGUGACGGCUCUUUUUCUUCAUUCUUUCCAGUCUUUGGCAAGUUAAAGAUGGCAGAAGUGAUUGAACAGGAAACUCAACUGUGUGACAACUGCAAAAGAGAAAUCCCCACGCCCAACUUUACCAUCCAUGAAAUUCACUGUCGGCGAAACAUUGGGAUGUGCCACAUCUGUAAAGAGCCAGUCCCCAAAUCUGAGAUGAAGACCCACAUGGAGUCAGAGCACAGCCAGGUGACCUGUAAGUGUAACAUGAAGAUGGAAAGACGGCAGUUAACAAAUCACGAGGCCCUGGAAUGCCCCUUGAGGCUUGCCGUCUGCCAGCACUGUGAGUUGGAACUUGCAUUCCUCAAACUGAAGGACCACGAAGAUUACUGUGGAGCCCGCACUGAGCUGUGUGGCAAGUGUGGCCGAAAUGUCAUGGUGAAAGAUCUCCAGGCUCACCCUGAAGUGUGUGGGAGGGAAGGGGAGGACAAGAGAGAGUCAAGAGCAAGGCCUUCCCGUGGUUAUGAGAGUGAGGAAGAGGAGGAGGAGGAAGAGGAGGAAGAUGGAGCCUGGUUCAUAGCACAGACCGUGCAGAGCCUCCUGGGGCCUGAAAACCCCACAAGACCUCUGCGGAGGCUCUCAAGGUCUCUGGAGAAUCCCUUUUAUAGCCGUCUGAUAGCGGACCAGAUGGCAAGAAAUCCAAACCGAGGGGCUGGAUUGGCCAUGCAGCUAGACCAGAAUCGAGGAGAGGAACAGGAGAGACAAAAAGGGAAUAAAAGCAAGCGGUCCCCUACAGUGUCUGGUGAAGAAGACGCCCAUUUGGACUACAUGCUGGCUCUGAGUCUGCAGAGUGAGAGCAGCGCCCCCAGCGGUGCGGCCACCCAUCUUGAGGACUUCUGGAGAGCUGUGUGUGCUGAAGACCUCGGUCCCACUGGGAGUUUGGGCCAGGCCCAGGAUGCUGGCCUGCCCUAUGCGGAGCCUUUCCUAGCCCCUGAAGGGCCAAACGAGUUGAAGAAUAAUGAGACCAUGCUGCCUUGUGAGUUCUGUGAAGAACUUUAUCCGGAGGAAGACCUCAUUCUCCAUCAGACGGGCUGUAACCCUGCCAGUGCCCUGACUUCAUUCAAUAAGAGAAGCUCUCCCCCAAGCCUGUCCCAGGAUCGAGGGGACCGGGAGAACCACGAGGCUCAGCUUCAAAGAUUCCUGGACCUGCCAGCCUCGCGGGCCAUCAGCAGCAGGUUUCGUUCCCCAUUGGAUCUGUCAGCUGUGCCCUCCGGGGAGAGCAGCGUCAUCAUUCCCUGCGAAUUCUGUGGUGUUCAGUUAGAAGAGGAAAUCCUUUUCCACCAUCAGGACCAGUGUGACCUCCGCCCAGGCACUGGACUCCCCGUAGAGUGGUUGCUUCCUGCCUACGAAUCGCUCCCCAAACAAGGCAGUGCGCAGCCAGAGACAUCCCCCGAGCUGCCCCGGCGGAGGGUCAGGCACCAAGGAGACUUGUCUUCUUGCUACAUGGACGACAUCAGGCAGGAGGUGGCCAGCAAGCCUGCGUACCCCCUGCCCCCCAGCAGGCCUGUCAGCAGCAUAGGGCUUGCCCGAAACAGACUGCCCAAAGCUGUGUCCGACUCUCGGCCUGGGGUGCUGCCGAGCCCUCCCCGUGCGCUGAAGGCCAACAACGUGGAAGGCCUGGAUUUGAUAAGAGGGCCGAGUCGCAGCAGCCACAGCCCGGCCACGGGGCCCAUUUCUGUUGUUCGGCCCACUCGAAGCUUCUACCCUGAGAAUUACGUGCCCAGUUUCCCCCGGGUCCCUCCAGUGAGACACGGGCUGAGUAUGAGGAAUGAAGUUGGAAGGAACCCACGGAUAACCUCCACGGCCGCCAACUUCCGAAACAGGAACACCAAGACAAAAUCUCCUAAACCGGCGGCUGGGGAUGCUGAGGAAGAGGAGGAAUAGCCUGAGCGUGGGAGGCCUCGGCUUGGUUUUCACCCGUUUCUAUGCACAGCAGCGCCUGCCCUGGUGCAAGAUCCUGGCUCUCUGCCUGUUCCCGCAGAGAACCUCCCGUGGAUUUUAAUUUUUCUAGGCAGCGAUCAUUUUCUAACUUUUUACUUGUGAAGUGGGCAGGGCGGGGAGGAUUAUUUGGGGCCAGUGGUGGCUGGUGCUUUGUGGAGACCAUCCUCCCUCCCCCUAAGGCCUUGUCUCCCGCCCCCAUCUCCUGCCUUCUGUGCUGUCUGUGAAGUCAUUCGCUUGUUGGCACGUGUUUUGGGGCUUCGAUAGCCGGCCGGCCUGUAUGCCUCAUCUCUGAACGCCACGUCCUGGGCGGGAGGCUUCCCUUGGGGUAGGGAAUCCCAGGGAGGGGCGUUGGGCCAAUUUUGGCCCAAAGUGGGAACAGCAGCCCACCUGAUGUGUUCGCCUACAGGAGACGGGCCGAGGGCAGCUUUAAGCUGCCGCCAUGGCAGUGUGUUUCCUGGGGCCUGGAGAGUCGAGGUCUGGGGGAGUUUGGGGGGCCGCAGUUUAGGAAUCUUGUCAUUGUUACCCUGUUAGGGCUUCUGUCUGUGGAAAUAGCCCGUGUCACUGGGCGCUGCGGGGGGCAGACCGUGCCUCCGGCGGGGUGGUUCUCCCCCCUUCCUCAAACAGUUCUACAGUUGGCUCUGAAUAAAGUUUCAGAGUUUGUUGGGUUUUUUUUUUUGUAAUUUUAUUUUUAAAGUUCCCUGUAAUGGAAAUAAAAUUUGUACUUGGAGUACA